AUGGGCACAAAACCCACCAUGAGACAGACUAUAUUAGCGCGGAAAUCUUAUCGAAACGUCUAUUUUCUGGCUCUGGCAUCUGCUAAUUCAGUACAUUUACCCACAAACUUCGAUAAUGACUUCACUAGCAGUUUUGGCACUGGGUUAUCCUUAAACUCGCUGAAACCAACACCCAAGUCCUUCAAUUUUCCACCUUUGAAGCACAGGACAAGCUUUUCUUCUUCCAAUGUUCCCUCGGAGAAUAGCACAAUCAUUUUGGCUUCUCCAUUCUUGAGAGCAUUUUUUCAUUGGAGGAUUAAAAGCUUUAAACGUGAAGAUGCUGGAAAUUACGAGCCUGCAAAUUCUAAAGAUACCCCAAAUGAGCAAGAUAGUUUGGCUGAGAUACUUGAAAAUCAAAAAGUUGAAACCACUGGUUCAGGAACUUCAUUUCUGGCAAAAUUAGUGAUUGCCUUGGGCAUAGCUGCAACAAUCACAAUCAUAUCUGUUGUCCUAAAGCCCUCUGGUCCUGGAUCAUCUACUGGAAUUCAAUAUCUGGCUGAAGGUUCAUCGUCCUCUUCUGUUACGGCUUCCCCUACUGCUUUCAGUUUCAAAGCCUUUGGGUACAAAUUUGUACUUCCAGAAUAUGCCCCAGGAUGGAUUUACUUUUGGUUGCUUAUGGCUGCGGGAUUUGGACUUUUCAUUAGUGAAGAGGCUCUAAAUAUCUGGGUUGGCAUAUCUUUGGCACGAUUGCUGACUUUGGCUGGGACAUGGCAAUCAUUUGUUGAAUCUUUCUCCAGAAAUUCCCCAUACAUUUUAUCCACUGUUCUGUGGGUAUACUGGGGAGUUUGCAUAAGUGAUAUGGUACCAUUUUACUUCGGGAAGCUUUUCAGGCAAAGCGGGGCAUCGGAUGAUAUUUCCUCCAAGUUAGGGAUUGGUAAAGAGAAGGCAUUGAGCAUCACUCGUGCGGUGCAGAAAUAUGGAAAUCUCAUAGGCUUUGUAGAGCGAUUAUCUCUUGGAGUGAGGAAUCCAACAUCUUUUCUAGCUGGGACCCUGGGAAUAUCUCCUGAUUAUUUCUUUGCUGGAGUUUGUUGUGGUGGCUUGAUAACUCUUCCAAUUCAGUUGGGGAUUGGAUUUCUGAUGAGGAAGCGCCCUGUUUUCGCCCUUGCAACAGUUGCAACAGUAGUGGGAAUUUGGACCGUGUUUCCUUAUGCGGUAGCUGCUUCCACUGCAUUAUUCCUUUACUUGCGACGCCGCAACUCUACAUAGUCCUGCACACACUUAUACAACUAAAUAGUUCCUUAACUUAAAUUGAGAAUUACAAGGUAUCUCAUUCUUAUAUCUGGGUGGGGGUGGGGAUGGUAG